UGGUUUGUAGCAUAUGCUAUUGCCUCCUUGCCACAAUUUUACCAACCAUGGGCCUGGGAGGCCCAGUUUAUCAAAGUUCUUGAAACGUUUAACCUAUAAAGUACAAAUGUUCACUGCCUGACCUUCACACUGACCGAGCUACUCAGAGAGUAGAGGCAGGAAGAGGAAACAAUGGCACUCACGCUGAACUCUCUCCAAAUCCGACCGUUUAUCCCUUACCCAAUUCGAUUUUCCCGCCAUGAGCGCUUCAUAAAUCUCAAAUUCUCGGUUAAAACCCCUCAAUUACCUUCCCAAAUUCGUCCAAUAUCAGCAUCAAAAUCUCAACAAACCCCUCCCACCACCAAAACCCAAGACGAUGGUAUCGCUGUAGAAGACGUAAAAAUGAUAGCGAAAUUCAAAUCAAGACACAACUAUAUUCGAGUUCUUGAAAUUUCAAGAAAAGCAGAUCACCCACUUGCAGGCUCUAGACUAUUACUCCUAGAUUCCCCUGGAAACAUCCACAGCAUUUCCUUUCGCUACAAAUUACUCACCAAUACUUAUUACGACGUCUUCGCCACUUUGCCUCCUCUUUUACCAUCCGGUCCCAUUGCCAUUCUCGGCUUCGGAGCUGGUUCUGCUGCCCGUAUCAUAUUAGAGUUGUAUCCAGAAGUAACGAUUCAUGGAUGGGAGCUUGACCCAUCGGUUAUUUCAGUUGGUAGAAAGUAUUUUGGCCUCGAUAAGCUCGAAAAUGAUCACUCAGAUAGGCUAUUUAUUUACAUUUACAACGCAUUAGCGUUAAAAUCCAACCUUAAAGAAAAGUUCUCAGGGAUUGUUGUCGAUCUUUUUAGUAAGGGAAGUGUGAUACCAGAGCUUCAAGAUCCAAAUACUUGGGUGGAAUUAAGCAAGUGUUUGAACAAAGAUGGGAGACUAAUGGUAAAUGUUGGUGGUCGUUGCGUGGAGGCGGAAGAUAAGAGAAGAGAUGGGGAUAUUGUUAUGGAAGAUACUUUAAAAGCAAUGUACAAUGUUUUCGAUGAUCUUUUUGUUUUGAGUCUUGGAAAUAGACAAGAUGAUAGUACAGUUGCUCUUACUGGUAAAUUGCCUCAUCUUGAUUCUUGGAAACAGCUGCUUCCUAAGUCGUUGAGAUCUUAUGUUCAUUUGUGGAAACCAUUUAGGUGUUAGUCUGGCGGAAUUUUGGUUUCUCAUAUUGCCUUUGUUUGGGAACCGCAUUGAUGCUGUCUUCCUAUUUGUGUUUAUUCCUAAAUGAAUCAACAUUUGAUAUAUAUACUUGGUGGAAUUUUUUUAAAA